AGCCCGAGGGCGAGGUGGAUCUGGUGCGGUGGGGGGCCCUAAGCGUCAGCUCGUGACUGAAAUCGGGCGUUCACGACGGUGAGGCGCAGGGAGGCGGUGAGCUGACAACGACACCGGAGCUGGCGUGAUAGCGCGACAUGUCGAACCACAGGAGACUAGGCGAGCAUCACCAGGUGCUGAGCCGGGACGCUUAUUGCUCCGGCUACGUGGACAGCUUCGGCAAGUGGAACAACGGGUUUGCCUGCCCAAAGCUGGAGGAGGAACCCGUGUUCUGCUGUGGCACCUCCACGUACCGCUACUGCUGCACCGACAGGGGUGACACCGACUCCGGCGGAGAGAGCUUCUUCACAGAGAACCUCCCUCUUAUCCUGGGCGUGGCUCUGGGGGCGCUCGCCACCAUCGUCGUCAUCGUUGCGGUCUCCUGCUACUUCUGCAAGUCCCGUGCCUGCUGCAAAAGGCGUGACGAUGCCAAGCGAGAUCGGAUGUGCUCGUCAUCGACGUCCGGCGGCGUGGCCAACAUGUACAGCUACUCGUCGGCGUCACUGGGUCGGCGGGACGGCAGGUCCGGUCGCCAGGAGAUGGAGGACAUGCUGCAGGACGUGGACGAGGUUGCCGUUCCCAGGCAGAGCCGGACCGACAACCUGAACGGCGUCGGCAGCCUGCCCAGAACUUUCACCUCGUACCGGACCAACAGAGUGUCGUUUACGGACUCGGUGGGCAACAGCUCGGUGUCGACGACGACCGACAACGAGCGCCAGCUGUUCAUCGAGCAGUCGGCCGGCCUGCCGCCGCCGUACAACUUCAACAAGCUGAGUGGCUUCGAGGAGCCGCUGCCGGUGCCCUACCCGCACCCGUUCACGACCGCCAGCGGCGAGCUCGGCUCGGGCCACUACAUCGCCGGCAUGUCGCCUAGCGACGACAGCUUCUACCGGGCCACGAAGAUGUGAGCCGAGCAGGCCGGCAGCCCGGCAACGGCGGCAGACUGCCGGCAGGCCGUGGCGCGAGGUUUGGCGACGAGCGGCGACACUGGGGCCGGCCGGCAGCCCGGCGACGGCGGCAGACCGCCGGCAGACCGCCGGCAGGCCGUGGCGCGAGGUGUGGCGACGAGCGGCGACGCUGGGGCCGGUCUGCAGCCCCAGUGACGUCAGCAGGAGGCGCCGCCGUGACGGCGUCUGACGGCUGCCAAAGGCCGCCGCGCUCGCCUUGGCUGCGUGACGUCAUACAGUCAUCCCAUGUGAUAUGAAUGAAUGGAGUGUUGCCUCAGCAGCUGAUGAUGUGGAUACGCCGCUGUAUGUGUAUGCAGUGAAGGGUGCAUGUAUUAUGACGGGCUGUCGGAAUCAGGCGCUGAUGACGCAGCGUGUUUUCUGCCCACGAGGUCAUUCACCGGUUUACAUUCGAAAUCUGAAGCGGAGUAAGAUGCCAUCGACCUUGGAUAUGAUCCUGGUGAACGGUAACUUAAACACAAAGUUCUGGAAAAGCCGGUCUUCGAUCAUGAACUGGAAAUAGCCUUGUCUUUGUAACGGAGAAGUUACUCAGUCCGUGAUGCACAGCUACUAGACUCGUGCGACCCAGAAUGUGCCCUCCUGUGGGAUGAUAAUGAUUCAAAGGUCGCGGUCCCCCUAAACUGAAGUGAGGUGCUCAAAUUCAGGUGGGGCGUUCUUUAGUGUAAACAUCAGUGUCUAUACAACAGCGGCAUCGACUGUCCAGUCAUGCAUAUUUUGCCAGUUGCGUUUACAAAUUAAGUGUUGUGUGACAUGCUAGUGACGUAGAUCACAUCAAGGAAGUGUUUCUUAUUUAAGGGUUUGACAUGCUUUGAAUAAGCUGCAUGCGUUGAGUGUGAUGCUGCCAUACCUUGAUGGUUACGACAGAUGACAAUCACUAGACCAUGUUGUGUUUCCGCAGCGGACGUUCUGUGUAGCUCAGGCGGUAUUUAUAUUGCGCUCCUAAUCAAUGUGUCACGUAGCGGCGCCCGUUGGCUGGAGUACUCAGCAUCAUGUAGACUAGAUAGUGUUGUGAAUAUGUAUACAGUACAGCCGAGCUUAGGCUGAGAAACGCCAGGAUCUGAACGUUCAAGCAGAUCAGGCGGAUCUGAGCGUUCGAGCAGGCCUGCCAGGCUGGGCCCGCCGGGCUGGCUCCGUGUGGACUGGGCCGUUUGAUUCAGCAAUACACGCGCUUA